CUUCUCACUGUCAUCCUGAUUUCCCGUCACAUAUUGGCAGUAUCUCGUACCCCUCCAGCGUAUAUGGGACUCUCCCUAAAUUACGCCCUGACCAUCGCCGUUCUCGGACUCGCCCUCCUCCUUUUCAGCCAUCUGGACGACAGGGCCGACGUUGCCCAGUUCUUUUCUUCGUCAGCUUUUAGCAAGAUGCCCGAGUCAGUCCCACGCCCCGCCACUGGGCCACAGGAUCAGCUGCUCCCUAGCGCCCCCGACGAGCAUUCCCAGAUCGCCCUUCCAUAUGAAGCCCUCAAAUACUACCCUAUAUCCCAUCUUCUCAGCACGUCAACCCCUCUUCCCUCAUUCCCCAUGACGCAUCGCCAUGAAACCACCAUCAACCAGAUCAUCGAUGCUUUGUCGGCUCAUACGGCAGAGGACAGCGUCAGCUUUGUCCUCCCCACACUGAAACACAUUCAGAGAAAGGAUAUAUUGAAGAUUGAGGAUAUCAGGAGCAUCCAUAGUGUUGUGGGGCGCCUGCACGAGUCUCUGGAGUACUUGGAAAACGAGGAAGGUGGAGACCCAGACAAGAUAGACCUGUUCGCUAUGGUGCAAGGGCUCAGUCGGGAUUUGCUUGGUAGCGUCCCUAACCCUCGUCUGACCCAAGUGGUCUAUAUGUAUUACGACGAGCCCCCUCACACAACCACCCCAGACGAUCGUGACAUUACAACCGGUCUUGGCGCGAGCAUUGCGAACGAUGGUCCUCUACCGGACAUACAUCAGGCCAUCCAAAGCCACAUCACCACCAUCCAAUCGAUCAUCAGCUCGUUCACAGGCCACGACUUGUCUACUUCUCCCGAAGCACCCACAACCUCUCCCCCCAUCUCAAUCCCCAUGACAUACAAUUUUCGAUUCAAUUGUCAGCAAAUCAUCAGCCGAUUUGCAGAUCACUCAGACGCUGCCAGCGCCAGGUAUGCUGUUCCCAUUCUCGACUCCAUUCAGCAAAAGGAUGUCUUGAGUUUGGAGGAUGUUGGCGAACUCCAUGGGGUUUUGAGUCGUUUGGAGAGUGAGUAUCGCGACUACAGUGCAAUGCCGGAUGUGGAGACAGAGACAAAGGCCAUGAUAUGGGAAAGGACAAUUCGAGACCUCGGGGGGCCGCUAGAUAAAGGGCAUACUUUCUCCCUGAAUGAGUCUUUGAAAGCCCUGGACUCUCUUGCGACUAUUCUCAGACACCCCACCCUUCUUCCUAUCCUCCAAGCCGCCGCCGCCCUUCCCUCUCAUUCCUUCCCAGAGGCCGACUUUGAGACUGGCCUAGACAACGAGCCAAGCGGGUCUGACCAGGGCGGAGAGACCGGUAAGAGAGGAGUCCAAGGUGACCUUUUGCCGAACGUGCUCACGGCUCUACACACUAACAUGGAAGUCAUCCGAGCCAUCCUCAGCACCUCACAAGAGUACGACUUGGCCUUGUAUUCGAAGACAUCCUCCACUCCACCCCAAAUCCCCAUGACAUACGACUUUCAAGACACUCUCCAUUACAUCAUUAACCUGUUUGCGGCUCACGCCGACGCUGCCAGCAUCAAGUUCGCCAUUCCUAUCUUGAAAGCUGUUCAGGCCAAGGAUAUGCUCGAUAUGGAAGAUGUCGGGCAAUUGUAUCAGGCUUUAGGGCGUCUGGAGGCCGAAUAUGAGGCUUUCGAUUUGGCGGAUGAGUGGAAAGGCUUUGUAUGGGACGACGCAAUAGUAGAACUUGGGUCACAGCCGUACAGUCGGUUGAAUUAUCAGCUGUACCGGCAGACGCUAUCUCUCGAAGCCCUUAAAUCCCUUCUGGAACAUCCCACUUUCCUCCGCGACCAUCCCUCGUUCCUUAUCUAUGCUCCAGCUUACCUUACCGCACAAGACUUGUGGCUCAAAGACGUCAAUUGACGGAUCCAAUUCGACGACGGCGAGGGUCCGGAUGAGGUGAUCUCGCGAUUGAUGGAGAAAUUGGCGCAGGCCAAUCCCGGGCAUCUUAUUACUCUCCAUCUCCCGCCAAGUGGAUGUACAGUGGCGUCAGAGCUGUCUCGAUUACGCUCGCAGUGAGCAAGUACUAGAUAUCUGGAAAGACCUUUGCAUUCGACUAUCGGAGUGUUGCAUGCACAGUAUCGAUCACUUUUUCAUUCCUCAUACACCAUACUCAGACCCCUUCUAUCUUCAUCACCUUGAACCCCUCCAUUCCCCGAGUGUACCACCAUCGAGCGGAGUAUGAUAGUCCAAGACGUGGGAGAAGGUUGAGGUGCGAGAAGAGAAGGUCCGGGCUCGAGAGAACGCUCGAAGGUGGGGCGACACCUGCCCGGGAGACUAUGGAGAAAGGAUCGGCGAGCGAGUAGGGAAUUGUGACCAGUGGAAGUGGUCAAGUUGAUCAGAGUAGACUGGGAAGGCGGGGGGCGUUGCUCUUCGGGCUUGGUACAAAGGAGAUGUAGAUGAUAGGACUGCAUGAUGCAUGAACGGAGGUCAUGGGUGGUACUGGCGUGACAUCUCAGAGGGUCAUCGGCGUCGCCUAAGGGAUUCCGAGGAUAGGGUUUGGUGAUGGAUAGCGGGGAGGUUGGACGUUCCGCGCGAAUGCCAACGCCGAGGUAGCGGGUGGACGCUCAACUUUGAAUUUUCGCAAGACGUUGAAUGCAUGACAUGCAAAUACGAG